GGAAUCUUGCUUCUCACAUUUUGUUAGCGCUCUAAAUGGAUACCGGUGACGAGUCGGACAAGACACGUAGAGGGAGUGAAACGAAGCCCUCGUCAUUAUGCUGAACGAGUUAUUGAUUGACACUGUGCUUAAGGAAUGCGACUCUCUUGCUUUGUUGGAUCUCGAGUCACAAAGCUUUUCCCUUUGACCUACCUUACAUCCUUGCUCCCUUGUUGUCUGGUACGUACCCUCAGACGUCAACCCCAAUAGUUGAACAUGUCACAGACUCAAACAGCCGAAGCCCAAGAUUCAGCCGCCUGGGGAGCCAAAGAAGACGCAUCAGAUGCUGAGCCGUCCCCACUCCCUCAAGGUGGCCGCAAAGCCCCCAAGCUCCAGCAAGCCAUGCAAAAAAGGCCGGCAAGUGACACCACCCAGUCUAUCGGCGCAGAAGACGAUGUUAUAGCUCCCCCAGCCAGUAGAGGGAGAAGAAUCGUCCCGGUGCAUCAAUCUCGAAUCCAGGAUCGACCGGCGAAAGUGGGCGAGAAGGACAGCAGUCUGAAGAUCAAGAUUGAACUGGAUCUGGAAGUUGAGGUUGAGAUCUACGCAAGAGUCAAAGGAGACGUGACCAUCGGAUUAUUGUGAGACCACCGCAGAAGCAUAAAAUUGCCUUGCGUUAUCCGAGUUAUGUGUAUCGGC